AUUACAAAAAAAAAAAAAAAAAAACGUAUCUAUCCUCACAUUAGUUUGAAGAUGGAAAAUGGUGUACUCCAACAAGGGAGUAUAAUACUUACAAACAGCAUUGUUGAUAGUGAGAUAAUGCAAAGGAGAGGAAAAUUGAUGCCUCGUGGUGGUGGUGGUGGUUCAGAAAAAAUGAUUAAGAAAAAGUCAGAAAAAGUUGGUGCCUGGAGCAAAGAGGAUGAAAUCACAAUCCUAAAGGGACUCAUAAAGUUGAAAACUGAAAAAGGAAAAAUUAGGUUUGAUUAUGUUCAACUUUAUGAUUCCAUUAAACAAUCUCUUGCUCACAAAUCAGCCACACCACUUCAUUUGCAAAAAAAAAUCAAGUGUCUUAGGGAGAAAUACAAGAACAAUUUCAACAAGAGCACCAGGACCUGGAGCAUCCCACACGAGGAAGAGUUGUUCUACUUAAGUGACAAAAUUUGGGGCAAAGACGAUCACCAACAACUUAAAAUUCCUUCUUCCAGUUUGAUGAACCAACAACAACUUACAAUUCCUUCUUCCAGUUUGAUGAACCAACAACAUCUUACACUUCCUUCUUCCAGUUUGAUGAACCAACAACAACUUACACUUCCUUCUUCCAGUUUGAUGAACCAACAACAACUUACACUUCCUUCUUCCAGUUUGAUGAACCAGCAAUUUACAAUUUCUGAUACAACUUUUGUGGGAGACCUAGGGUUAGCGUUAACAACUAUGAGCAGGAAUCAGUCUAAUCAAAUGCAAGUAGCUCUUCAACAAUUCAAGUUAGUUUCUCAAAGUUUGAGUAUUAGGAAGAGUUAUGCCAACCAAAUACUCCACGCGCACAUAACCUUAAAAGAGGAGGGACUUUCUGAACAAAAGAUAGCAAGGAGCUAUUUCGACACAAAGAUACAACAUGCACAAUUGGUUUCAGAUGCCUAUAAUGCUAGCCAUGGUUUUGGAGGCUCUCUUGUAAAUAUAGUAUCUGAUUGCGUACUCAAGGAAGAUGCAACAAAGGUUAUGAACGAGGGCAGUUGUCCACCAGCUACAAUUGGAUGUCGGAAACCAAUCAAUGGAAAACCUUCAGGCACAAGUCUCAAAUCAGUAAGAGAAAUGUGUCAUUCUCAGGAGAGAAAGAAAAAAAAGAAAAGGAAGAUCGAAAACCCAGAAAAGCAUCGUGACUCAAGUAUACAAUCUCAGUUGGAGAUGGAAAAUCAGAGUGCAGUUGCCUAUGCUAAAAUUAACUAUGAGAGUGCCAAAUCAUCAGAUAUACAUACGUUAUCGGAUGGACUGACUGUUGAGGUGAUGGUGAAGGGAAAAGCGGAUGGGAAAGUAGCUUCUCUAGGAAAACAGAUCAAAAUUCACUUCAUUGCCAAAUUAAGAGAUACAGGAUGCAUUGUUGGUUCAACCAUUGGUGCAGCUCCUCAUCAAUUUUGUCUAGGUCUCUCUCUACUCAUCAUUGUCUGUUACGAGAAAGUGUUAAAGGGAUUGAACAUUGGCAUUGAAGGCAUGCAUGUUGGUGAAAAGAGAAGACUCACCAUUCCACCAUCUUUGGGCCCUGGGAGGAAGGCUAAGCCUCCAAUAAUGCCAGACUCGUGGCUUCUGUAUGAAGUUGAAUUGGUUGAUAUAUGUGAAUGAAGAUAAUAUAUAGUUACUCCAUUCAACAAUGAAAGGCAUUUUGCAACCCCUCGUGAGGGUGAUAGUUGAAGAAUGAUGUUGACCAACUAUAUGUUUUUGCUAUUGAUGUCUGGAAGUUGGUCACCAUCUGCCAUGUUUUUUGGGAUUAUCUAGAAAUCGUUGAUUGGUUGUUGACGGCUAGACAUACUAUUGGUAGCUUGAUGUUUUUAAGUUAAGGUUUUAGUUGUUCUUUUUUAUAUAAAGGAAACUGUAUUGGUAGCUUGAUGUUUUUAAGUUAGGUUUUAGUUGUUCUUUUUUGGAUAAUGGAAACUGUGUAUUCACAAUAGUCUCAUCAUCAAAUAGAUGAUGAGCAUAGGUAAAUUGUAAGCUCAUUAGAGCAUAUGACAAAUUUACCCUACUGGAGAAUAGAAAUUUCCUAUGAAACCAACAAACAAGUUCUAUA